CUGUGUGCUGCCAAAGGGGGCCCUACCAAAUCAUUGCCCGGAUCUUCGUCGAUUCCAUACAAGAUUUAAUGCGAUUUCACUUUAAUAUAAAUUUAACGCAAUAUAAUUCAAUUGCAAGGCCCACGGGCCCUGUUCGUCUUUUGUGCGGCCAAUACUGAACACAAACGUGACAACAACCCCCCAUCAUCGUCUCACCACGAUGGUUUCAGACGUGAGGGGCCGCUCACACUGAUGAUGUCUUGUGGGCGAAGGUGCGUUGGGCAGCACCGUAUCGAUUGUAAUCGAUGUGGUGGUGGUGGGGUGAGGGUGGAGAGCGAUUCACGGCCCAGGGACUUCCGCCAUGAGUUCGUUCCUCGGCAAAACCGCGGAGUAUCCGUCCGUGUCCAUCGACCGCUUCGACAGAGACAACGUCAACGCCAGAGCUUUCUUUCUGUCCCACUGCCACCAGGAUCAUAUGGUGGGAUUAUAUUCGGAAGCACUGAGAAAAAAGCUUGAGAAAAGCCCAGGUCUGCAUCUCUACUGCUCACCUGUCACCCGGGAGCUUCUGCUUAGCAACUGGAGGUAUCGUUUCCUUGAACAGUUUAUGGUGGCGAUUGAAGUGGACACUCCGACCCAGAUUUCCCUAACGGAUGAUAAAACGAAACAAAAAACAGAUUUGGUGGUUACACUUCUUCCGGCGGGUCACUGCCCAGGCUCCGUCAUGUUCCUGUUUGAAGGGGACCAUGGGACGGUGCUUUACACGGGUGAUUUCCGGCUGCCUCGUGGAGGGGCUUCCCGCAUGGGGGCCCUGCACUCAGCUGGCAGGAUUAAACGUAUCAAAAGCAUAUAUUUGGAUACCACAUUUUGUGACCCAGUGUGCUACUACAUUCCAAGCCGGGAAGAUUGUUUAAAAGGAAUUUUAAAUCUGGUCCGGGGUUGGAUUACACAAAGUCCCCAACAUGUGAUCUGGCUGAGCUGCAAGGCAGCCUAUGGCUAUGAAUACCUCUUCACUCACCUGAGCCGGGAGUUUGGUCAAAAGGUGCACCUGGGGUACCUGGAGAUGUUUCAGAACAUGCCUGAUAUUUUGGAUCAUGUAACUCAUGACAGCAAUACGCAGAUCCACGCCUGCCGCUUUCCAAAGGAUGCUGGGUUUUGUGAAGGAAGUCGUCUCCCGUGCAGAGAAGAAGAUGCCAACGGAAAGCCACUUCACAUGAUGAGCAUCAAACCUUCAACCAUGUGGUUCACACAGAGAAACAAAAAAACCAAAAUCAUCGUGAGGACUGGGGAAUCAUCAUACAGAGCUUGCUUUUCAUUCCAUUCUUCCUUCAGCGAGAUAGAAGACUUCAUAUCCUACAUUAAGCCUGCCAACAUUUUUCCAAACGUCAUUCCAAAGGGCAAAACUGUAGAAGAGAUCAAAGAGAUGCUACGACCGUACUGCUAUCAAGAGCCGAGUUCCGCUGAGUCAGAUUACCAGCCACUCGGAUCGCUGGAGUGUACAAAAAGAUCUAUCAGUGAUGCAGAAAGUUGCCUCCUGGAUCUUUUUGAUGAUACGCCAGAGCCACCUGCCCGUCGAAAAAAAGUACAGAAUGCCGAUGAACCUCCCUGCACCACACCCAGUGAAAAUGCAGACAGCACUGGACGACAGGGAAAUGGAACCUGCAAUGAAACAUCGACCAAGGAGCAUACCUCUGUUGUCCAAAACGACGAUGCUCACUGCAAAGACGCAAGCAGCAAUAUUGCAACAAUCAGUCCCGAACUUACUUGGGGUGCCUUCUUUUCCACAGUUGCUGCUCCUGCUGCUGUUGCUGCUGUUGCUGAGAGUGGUUGCUGUCAAUAUGCAGACACCAUGGACAACCCUGGCACCCCUGUACUAUUUUCAGACUCGGACACAGAUGAUUGUGCAAGCAGCUGUAAACAGUGCUCCCAACAAUCUGAUUCUACACACAUUUCCGAUGUCACGGACACAGAAAUUUUAAGUUCUCAAGAUUUCAACUUCACGAGUGUUCGUCCUCAAAGUGAAGGAAUCACCCAUAUGCAAGCUAUGCAUUCAGGAGCACAUUUAGAUAUUCCAUUAGACCACAGUGCAAUGGCAUUGCUUGCUAAGUCAGAUAUUGAGGACAUCAAAUGUGGAAAUGUUAAAUUAUCAGAAGCUAAACAGUUGUGUAGAACGAUAAAUAAUGGUCUAAAAGAAAUAUUACCACUUGAAAAUAGUCAAGGCUGCAUGGAGCAUACAAACAUUGCCAGCAGAGACUGUGUGUGCGGAAAGAGCUCUGUGCCACAAGACUCGCAGGGAUCAUCAGACUUUGAGAUCUCUGCCACACCAGAGACCCAUCCUCCGCCUGAACGUGAAUUAUUAGACAUUUACGUAAAUCUAGCAAAUCAUGGUGAAAAUGUGCUUUGAAAAAUUAAUGUAUUUUAUCAGUAUAUAAUGAACAUAGUAAUCCAUGCCAAAACAUAUCCUGCUGUACGUAUUUGGCAUUUUUAACGAACCUUAUACAUAUCCACAUUUUUUAAGAUAGUGUAGACAUUUUAUAUUGAUUGCAAGUCUGGCUGAAGAUGUGCCAAAAAGUGUUUCUCCACGACCUGUUUUUUCUGAGUUAUGGGCGUGGAACAAAAAGCGCUUGAGGACUGCAAAAUUUAAAACCCGAGAAGCCGAAUAAAUCACGUGUGCAUCACAAAUUAAAAUGUUUUGCUGCUAGUAGGAAGACUCGGCCAUCAGUCUACCAACAGGCAUCCCAGCAACAGGCAUCCUUGGCAAUGGCUGUCACAGGGAGUUAGGGAGCAAAGUGGGAGGUCCCGGACAGUGUGCAUGGGAGGCUGGGAUAUAGUUGGCAGUGAGCGAAUGAAUGAGUGGUAUGAGGUAAGAAUGAAAAUUAUGGGAAGGAUACGUUUUACCUGAAAAACUUUUUUAUCUAAAACAAAUCUGCGUAUAUGUACACUAAAGGACUUUGUCCUUUGCAUAAUCAAAUAUUCUGCUGUUCUCCAGGCCAUGUGUGCAAAUGAGUAAAUAUUUGAAGAGUGGCAGAAUUGCAUCGGUGAAAGAGGGAGGAAUGAGUAAGUGAAUGAAUGUGUUUAUUGCGUAGUGUUCAGUUGCGCAGUUAUAUAGUGUGUACAAAAGUGGUUAUAGUCUGUAUCAUAGUGGGGUAAUGGUGUGGUGUUUUAUGGUGUCCAGUCGUUUGGUGGAGUGCAGUUGGAGUUGAAGGUGUCGUUUUGUGGAUGUGGUAUGGUGUACAGCUUAGUGGUGUAGUGUGUACUGGAAUGUGCAUUCAUGCAGUGGUUUGGUGCGUGGAUGUAAUAUAGAAAAAAUAUUGAUGUUAUAGGUGUGUGGGUUUGGUGACUAAUCGGUCUGGUGUAUGGAAACAAUGAGGCUGGUGGUUGGUGUCAAGUGAGUGGUGGGUGAUGUUUGCUGCGUUCCAGCAAAAGUGUGGUGGGUCUACCAAAUGGCGAGGUGUCUGGUUUGUGUCGUCGGAGUGGCAAAUUGAGUCUGGUCUGGUGGGCGGUACAAAUAUGUAUGUACAUUCGGAAAUCCCUCGCAAACCGCGGGGCUUACGUUCCAGAAAAAUUAAGGCCUUAUUCGAAAUGGGGGUUAAGGGCAACCGUGGCAGCAGCCACACUCGUCAAAGCCAAAGUUGCCCGUUUCUUCAAUAAACAAAUGAAAUGCACAAUGACAUAAAAUAAAUACAUGUUAAAAUAACAGUAAAAAAACGAGUAAUGCUAUUUACCUUUAAUGCUGAGGGUUGAAGUCCGUGGUGGUGGUGGUGAUAAAGAUGACGAGGAAUGAGUUAAUGUGGAGGUGGUUGUGAGAAAUGCUGUGAUCUGUUGCCACGCCUGUUGCGAUGGCUGGGUACUUUGUGUGGGGCUGGAAGCUAUGUGGACGCACACCCAGGAUUGCUUGAGCGGUGUGGUGCCUCCCCAAAAAAUAAGGCAAUUUGGGAACAGCUGGGUGUAAUAAUGGAAUAAUUUAAUAAAGGGAGAGCUCUCCACCUACAUAAAGGGGACAGCCAGAUAUCAGGGGGUCUUCCAUAAUACAGGGUUCUUUUGGGUUAGAUCGAUGGAUCGAUAUUGGGUUGCGAAAGCCUAAGCGUUAAACUGAUAAACUAAUCGGGAGAUAUCUUGGGGAAUGGGUGAUCUGGUGCCUUGGACGCGGCUGCAUUUUAAGUUGAUUUUAGGAUAACUUUUACAUUCUUUUAAAUCAAGAAUACCUGGAUACCGAACCUGCUGUGGCUGCUCCAAUGAACACUGAGUCUCACCACCUCAAAACAGAAGAGGGGCUUUGCACACCCUCUUGGUUGCACGCUAAGAGCCAUGAUUACGGGCAAAAUUCAUGCUAAUAAUUGAAGGUCUAAAAAUGCUGAAUAAUGCGUGACAGUACGACAACGUCCACACACAGUCACUAUGCGAGAGAGAGCGUUGGUGAUGGAAGCUGGGAGAUGAGAUGAUGCACGGAGGAAAUACAGAUGCAGGCGAUUUUGAAUUGCAAGUGCCGGUCGCCGUGCUAAAGCGCGGAUACGCAAAACUCCAUCCCGCGGUUAGCAAAUUGGUAUGCCGAAAGAAAACCGUGGAUACAUAACUGCCGCGGAUGCGAAAAACACGCUUGGUGAGGGAUUUCUGUAUAUAAUGCACGUGUCCAUCCUUCCGUUUGUCACACUUUUGAAUCUCUCGAACCGUAUGUCAGGGGGAAUAAGUAUAACCAGUAAAAACAAAGUUUUUCACUAGAAAUCCUUUAUAUGCGUGGCGGCUAGAGUCCUCUCGUCCUCUGGCUUGAGAUGGCUGCCACCUAUGGGUCAGAUGAUUGCAUUGCACCAUUAAGCAAUUGGCAAUUAAAUAUAUUUUUGUCCUAAAAAGUGUAAAAUUUUGGAAAAAAAAUGUCACUAACAUUGUCACGCACAACGAGUCUGUGUGGAAAAUGUCAGCUCGAUUGGAUCACGGGAAGUGGGUUAAAAAACGACCGAAAGAUUUGCACGGUCCUAAGCAAGCAAGCGAACUUAAUAUAAAGGAUUUAAAAACUUUUGCCAGCCUGAUUAAACAAAUGUAUUCUUUGGU